CCACCCAGCCCCACCCCGGGCUCCGUCCAUCACCGUUCAGUGGAGUGUUGGAGACUCCUCCGGUAUGUACAGCAGCUCGACACUAAGGGUGAAUUUGUGGCUAAAGUGACGCGUAAAGGCGCAUCGAUCCAGCUCCAGCCUGGCACCACUUUGACCAUCAGUGUCAUGGCAUCAUCCCGCUCCCCGGUCAUCGUGUCCUCCGCACUUUCUCAGUAGUGACCGCGCGCCACCGGGAGAAGCGUUUUACGCACGACACCUGCAGACAGAAAAGCACUCCGUGGGAAAUCCUCUGCGCUCCUGUUGCGCCAUGGAGCAGCGCGGAGUGAUGGACCUACGAGUGACGGCUGGAUCGGAAGUCGCCGGCGGUGCUGAGCUCAUGGUCGCUCCCCCCACUGAAUCCUCUCACCUGAUCCCUGCCUUCUGGGACUCCCCCCUCAGCCACUGGAUCAACGUGAUCGUGGGGCUGGUCCUGUGCUUCACCAUGCUGGGGCUGGGCUGCACGGUGGAGGUCAGCCAGCUCGGGGAUCACAUCCGCAGACCCAUCGGGGUGCUGCUGGCUCUGGUGUGCCAGUUUGUCAUCAUGCCGCUGGUGGCCUUCCUCCUGGCUCUAGCCUUCUCUCUGGAUGAGGUGGCCGCCAUGGCCGUGCUCCUUUGCGGCUGUUGCCCUGGAGGGAACCUGUCAAAUAUCAUGUCCUUGCUGGUGCACGGAGAGAUGAACCUCAGCAUCAUCAUGACCAUCUCCUCCACCCUGCUGGCGCUCGUGCUGAUGCCCCUCUGCCUGUGGAUCUACAGCCGGGCCUGGAUCAACACCCCAGUGGUGGACCUGCUGCCCUUCGGGGCCAUCACUCUGACCCUGUGCAGCACCCUCAUCCCUAUAGGUCUGGGGGUUCUGCUGAGGUACCGCCACACGCGCGUGGCCGACAUGGUCCUAAAGGCCUCCCUGUGGUCUCUGCUGGUCACCCUGGUGAUGCUCUUCAUCCUGACCGGAGCCAUGCUGGGCCCGCGGCUGCUCGCCACCAUCCCGGCCUCCGUGUACGCCGUGGCCAUCCUCAUGCCCCUGUGCGGGUACGCGGCGGGGUACGGGCUCGCCGUGCUCUUUGACCUGCCCCCCAACAGCCGCCGGGCGGUGUCCCUGGAGACGGGGUGCCAGAACGUGCAGCUGUGCACGGCCAUCCUGAAGAUGGCCUUCCCCCCGCAGCUGAUGGGGGGGCUGUACAUGUUCCCGCUGCUCUACGCCCUGUUCCAGGCGGCGGAGGCGGGCGUCUUCAUCGUGGCCUACCGGGCGUACCGGAGGGAGGUCCUGCACAAGCCGGACGCGCGCGUGGUGGGGGGGGACUCGGACAUUUCCUACCAGAGGUUCAGCGAUGAGGACUUUGACUCCUCGUACGGGGCGGUGACGGUGAGUGACCCCAACUCCAUCAUGCUGGACCCCUGUCCCCCCCAUCCCACCCCCGUCUGACGGACUCGUGGUAGCAGAUAGUGCGUUCACUCAUGGUCAUUGCUGAGGUGGCAGGACGCUCCACCACUGUACCGCCUGUGUGUGUUAACCAUUAAAGCCUGGAGAUCAAACCCG